AUGACGAGCAGAUCGUUGUUUCAUUCGCGGUUCAAUGAUGAUGGGUCCAUAACAAGGUCUGCACCUGUUCACGUUCAACCCAAGACUUCAAACUUCUCUUCCCUUUCCACAAUGAUGAGCAUCAUGAUGGAAGACAGCAUCUGGCUUGAUCGGCACCAGAAUGAGGUCCUGCAGAAGCGCAAGGCAGCUUCCUGCGGGACCAAGAUCGAAGUGUUGGAUGAAGAGGACAGCGCGCGUCCUUCAGCAUCGUCUGCUGCAGAGCUUGAGAGUCAGUUCAACAUGGACUUUGUUCCUCCUGCCGAGAACCAUUUUGUCAUCGACGAGUUCGUGAGGGGGGAGAGGAGCACAGCGACGGAGAAGACCAUGGGGCUUAUCAUGCGGUUUACGCACACGACGGGAUGCCCUCCACUUGCUGGGAAGAGACGAAUUGAGGAUGAGCAGAACUCAUCUGCAGUGAAGAAAAGAGCUACACGUGACGAGCAGUCGAGACGUUCCUCGUCGUUUGAGGACCUGGGACUCGACCAUUGCAUGCUUGAUGGAGUGGAGGAGGAUCUUGCUGGAGAAGCAAGUCUUUCUGCCACGUUGAAGGGGAUGCGUUCUAGUGAGUGCUCACAUUGUGUUGACGUUACGAUCCUCAAGAAAGUAGAUUAG